AUGAGCUACUAUGCCAACUAUUGCAAAGGCCUGGGCUUCGGCUGUGGAGGCUUUGGUGGCCUGGGCUAUGGCCAUGGCUGCGGAUGCAGCAGCUUCUGCAGACUGGGCCAUGGCUGUAGCCAUGGAGGCAACAGAUAUGGCUGCUACUGCCCAUCAUGCUAUGGAGGAUAUGGCUUUUCUGGCUUAUACUAA